AUGACGGAAGGCGGCGAUGAUCCGCAGCGAUUGAAGAAGAUUGCGGCAGCGUCCUACGACUACGAAAACGACGCUCGAUGGGCGGAUUACUGGUCCAACAUCCUCAUCCCUCCUCACAUGGCUUCUCGCCCCGAGGUCGUCGAGCAUUUCAAGCGCAAAUUCUACCAACGCUACAUGGAUCCUGAUCUUAUAGUGGAGCCUAUGUCGACUUCAUCUUCUUCUUCGCAAUCUACCAGACCAGCUGCUACAUCUGCAUCUACUAAUGCAAAUGAACAAACUCGCUCGCGGAACUCAGGAUCGGCUCCUCGAACCUCUGGACCUUCUGCUACGCCAGGUGCAAACCCAAGCUCAAUGCGCUGGGAUCAGCAGACGAUUCAUUUUUCUGUCAAUGCUUGGGUUUUCGUUAUAGCUGUGCUAGCAGUGUUACCUCUAAUACCAAAGAACCUCUCAAAUAGGGCUUAUCGUCUGUCUUUUAUGGGAACUGCGUGCUCGUCUCUGUAUUCCUUGUACUCUCUUUACGGUAAGCCAAGGGCGUGGAAUAUGCAAGGGCUGCAAGUUUAUUUCCAAUCAAUUGUGGGAGCAAAGGAUUUCAUCUAUUUCAUCUACUGCCUUACAUUUGUCACUUCCCAUCUCUGUCUCAAGUUUGCUUUGAUUCCCAUCUUGUGUCGAGCACUUGAACAAGUGGCCAAGUUCUUGAGGCGUAACUUCGCUCGCUCCACUAUAUACAGAAAGUACCUGGAAGACCCUUGUGUGUGGGUGGAGUCGAACACAACUACCCUCAACAUCCUCUCAUCGCAGGCUGAGAUAGCCAUUGGCUUCCUUCUGAUUAUCUCUCUGCUCUCAUGGCAACGCAACAUUAUACAGACAUUCAUGUACUGGCAGCUACUGAAGCUGAUGUAUCAAGCACCAGUAACAGCAGGUUACCACCAGAGCACGUGGAGCAGAAUCGGGCGGACGGUGAAUCCGAUUAUCCAACGUUACGCUCCCUUCUUGAAUACUCCGGUGAGUGCUGUUCAGAGAUGGUGGUUCAGGUGA